AUGCCCUCCUCUCUGGAGUCCCGGAGCACUGGGACAUUCGACUCCAUCACCCGCAAGGGCCGUCCGUCCGUCGAGAUCAUGCUGGACGGUGAUGUCUCCCAGUCCCGGGGGAUAAACACUUACACCACCCUUGACCCCAUCGAGGGCAAGGUCGUCAUCAGCGCCGACACCGACGUCCGCUUCGAUCAGAUACACAUCUCCUUCAUCGGCGCAGCCAAGACCUUGAUCGAACGCCCCGGAUACGCUGGUCCCACCGUCGGCCAGUCGUCCGCCUUCCACGCCUUCCUGAGACUCACACAGCCAAUUGAAGAAUCCCAAUACCCCCAGCCCAGGGUCCUCGAGGCCGGGCGAAAGUACUCCUUCCCCUUCACCUUCGUCGUCCCGGAGCGAUUGCUGCCCCAUGCUUGCAAGCACGAAGUCAAUCAUCCUCAGGUCCAGGCCGCUCACACCCACCUCCCGCCGUCCCUGGGCGGUCACACCCUCGCCGGCCGCGGCGGCUCGAAGCGGCUCGACGACAUGUGCCCGCAGAUGUGCCAGAUCCAGUACAAGAUCCGCGCACGGGUGUCCAGAUUCGACCUGCCCGAAGACCAGCCACCAAAGACACUCGUCGAGGUCGUCAGGAAGGUCCGCAUCGUCCCUGCGACCGACGAGGAGCCGCCCCUCGACGUGGCUGACAGCAAUGAAGAGUUCCGCAUGCGUAGUGAAAAGAUCGUCAAGAAGGGUACCCUGCGCAAGAAGUUCGGCCGCAUCGCAGUCGCAGCCGCUCAGCCAAAACCAUUCCGUCUCCCUUCUGUCCACUCUGAGAGCUCUGAGAAUGCGUCGCCAGCGACCAUGGCGACGCUGCACGUACGCUUCGACCCAGAUCACGAACACCAGACGCCGCCCAAACUCGGGUGCCUCUGGACGAAACUGAAAGUCAACACCUUCUUCAGCAUCGAACCCUGGUCCGACUUCCCCAGCCGCUCUUCGAAGCUGGCCUGGAACUACAACAAGGGCGUCUACACGGACACCCUCUGUCUCGCCUCUCGCUGCGUGGCAUCCGCAACGUGGCAGAAACACACCACGUCCGCUCCCCCUUCCCCGUCCUCCUGCAGCAGCAGCCGACGCUCCUCCAUCCAGUCCAACUGGACAGACGGCUCCCUCGUCGGCCCAACAGCAUGCUUCACCGGCAACACUUACUACACCGCCACCGUGCUCGUGCCCAUCUCCCUCCCUUCGCACAAAGCCUACGCCCCGACAUUCCACUCCUGCCUCAUCUCACGCACCUACUCCCUCGAUAUCUCUCUGUCCUACAAUCCUUCGAGCUCCAGCACCUUCACCACCCGGCAGACCAUCUCGCUGUGCAUCCCCGUCCAAGUCACCGGGCAGGAGAGCCUCACGGCGGUGGUGGCCAACCGCGCGAGAGAGGCUAGUGCGCAGAGUGCUGCAGCGGACGAAUUCUUCACUCCGCGAGUCAUCACGCCACCGAGUCCGGAGUACGUCGGGCAAGCAAGACUCGAGGGUAUGACAGCUCUCCGUCUUACUCUUACUUAA